ACGCCCUCAAUAGUUCGCUUACAACUUGUGUCUCUCUGCCGAGUAACUGGACGACUCGACGUGAAAGACAACACAACAAUUGCAAAGGAACAUUGUGAAACCAUACGAUGUAUUUUUCGCGCAUCUUUACUACACGUCGACUUGUGUGUAAAAAAAUCUACACAAUGGAAGUAGGAAGGGUGUGUGCUUUGGCGUUUGUGGCCUGUUUGAUCUUAUUGAUAGACGCCAAAGUCAUUCAAGUAACUGAUGAGAACUGGGGCGUAAUUGAGGAGGGAGAAUGGAUGCUGAAAUUCUAUGCCCCUUGGUGUCCUGCUUGCAAGGCCAUCGCUCCCGUCUGGACAGAGUUCUCCUUGGAGGAUAAAAAUCUCGGAAUUCAAGUAGGAGAGAUUGACGUGAGUGCCUCACCAGGAUUGAGUGGUCGGUUCCUAGUCACCUCUCUGCCAACUUUCUACCAUGUGCGCAAUGGGGAGUUCAGAGUCUACACUGGGUCCAGGAAUAAGGAGGACUUUGUGGGUUACAUUGCACACAAACGAUACACAGAACUUGAGCCAGUGUCGUCAUGGAAAGCGCCUAACUCAAUAAUAAUGUCAGCUGUGUCACUCGUGUUCCAGUUGUCCAUGAAAGUGAGGCACUUCCAUUUAGUGAUGACCACAGAGUAUGGCUUUCCAGCAUGGAGUGUCUACGGUUUCUUUGCUUUGUGUACAGUGGCUAUGGGCCUUAUACUUGGAAUGAUUUUGGUCUUCAUCACGGAUUAUAUCUGCCCCACACGGCAACCAACAAGGCCCGUGGAAGAUGGACGCUCUUCAGAGGACAAACCCGAAGAAGCUCCCAUCACGAGUGAGAAAGAGGAGGAGGAGGAAACACAAGACGAACCCACUCCACCAGUGGACGAGACGACAGACCAAUCAGGGCACACCUUGCUUAGAAAACGGAAGACUGAAACAGACACCGCCAAUGAUGAGAACUGAGUAGCAUAUCUCCUGGUCUCUUUUUGUUUCCAUGGAUUGAGUGGAAGUUCUCCACUUUUUUUUUUUAAGAUUGAAGCUCAAAGCCAUGGGAUGUUGGGUAUUUUUUUGUAAUUUGUGCGGCACCUACCGUGGAUUUGUCACGCAGCUUUCUUAUUUGCGGAAGUGAGAUGGCAGCAGACCAACAGAGAGAUAGCGUCUGAGCAAGUUGCAUGGACAGCCGAUGAAAAGGUGGUACUGAAGCAAACGAUCAUCAGACCUCAUCACAAAAACUGAAUAGUCUCGGUUCUCUGCUGCACAUUGGUUUGAUGAUUUUGUAAAUUCCUCCUACUCAGAACUGGACACCUCGGAUGCAUACACACAAUGCUAAGAGUUUACAAUGUAAUCUCCCAUGCAUCGUCCUCCACAGGAUAUGUUACCAAAUAAAAGUGAACAUUGGUUUCAUUUGCAUGCCGCGGAUGAUGGGGGUGCAAUUUUUUAAAUGUUGGCGGCACUUUGGUAUCCAGAUUCAAUGUAAUGCAACUUAGCAUUACAUUGAAUGCAAGUUUUAGGGGCUAGAAAGUUAGGAAAGGAAUGAAGCUUGAAAGUGAUUGUAUUCUUUAAAUUAAAUUAAGUGUCACUCCACAAAAUGAUGAUCUCAUUGAAGUUUUAAUCCUUGCCAAAAUUCUUUUCAAUUUCAGGAUCUUUUGUAUUUCGUAACUAUCUGUGGAAACAUUGGUUAGCUGUGGUAUAUAUUUCUCUGUGCUUCCUAUUAUAUAUUUUGCAUCAUGCAUUUAGUCUUUGACCUAGUCCUGUAUUUUAUUCAACAAAAGUUUUGUAGUUUUAAGGUUUUUACUGCAUGGAAAACAUCAGCACUGAAGUGGUAAAUUGGAGGGUUUUUACCGGUCAUUGUGGUUAAUUUCAUUUGCUACCAUACAUCAUUAUCUGCAUGUCUUUUUAGUACUGCAUUUGCUUUACUUUCUUGAUGAAAUACUUGGAGUCUCUUUUGUGAGAUGGUGAGCACUCCAGUGCAGUGCUUGGCCUUAAGUCAUGAAUUUGCCAUGUUGAAUUGAAAGUGAAGUUAACUUUUUUGAUUGGGAAAUUUAAGAAUAAAAAUGAAAGCAAUGAAAUAAAAGUUCAUCACAAAUUGAUGCAAUUUUCAAUGACGAA